UACACAGGGCGCAGGGUGUACAACGGUGUAGACAAAUCAAGCGCGCCCAUGCCGAGGAUAACGGUAACACUAGGUUUAUUUAUUUUCUUGUUUUCUGCAGAAGCGGGGAAUACGGGUAGACCAAACAUUGUGUUUUUGUUAACAGACGAUCAAGAUGUUACACUGGGAGGAGAGACUCCAAUGGCAAAGACCAAGAAUCUUGUUGGGGAUAAAGGAAUGGUAUUCGAAAAUAUGUAUGUGAGCGCGCCACUUUGCUGCCCCAGCCGGUCCAGCAUCUUGACUGGAAAGUACGUCCACAGUAAUGGGGCUGUGAAUAACUCUCUGGCUGGAAACUGCAGCAGCUCUUACUGGCAACGAACGCAGGAGGUGAAGGCGUUCCCAACAUACCUUAAGGGACAGGGAUAUACCACCUUCUUCGCGGGAAAAUAUCUAAAUCAGUAUGGUAUGCCGAAGGCGGGAGGGGUUGAACAUGUCCCAGUGGGCUGGGACUGGUGGAUGGGGCUGGUUGGAAACUCCAAGUAUUACAACUACCACCUGUCCGUGAAUGGUACGCUGGAAGUCCAUAAAAACGACCCAGAGAAAGACUACCUAACAGACGUCAUUAAUCGACACGCCACAUCGUUUCUGGACAUGCAGAGCUCAACUUCAGGUCCUUUCUUCAUGAUGUUAUCUACGCCCGCUUGUCAUGCACCGUUUACGCCUGCCCCGAAAUAUCAAAAUAAUUUUGCAAACAAAACGGCGCCGCGUGAUGGCAGUUACAACAAACACGGCCAUGAGAAACAUUGGUUGAUCCAGCAAGCAAUAACGCCACUACCGAACGACACUGUUGCAACGGAAGACCAAGUUUUUAGAAAUAGGUGGCGUACGUUGCUCUCUGUUGACGAUAUGAUGGAAAAUAUUGUCAACAUUCUCCAGCAGAAAGAUCUCGUAGACAACACGUACAUCAUUUUCUCUUCAGACAACGGCUAUCACCUAGGACAAUUUUCGAUGCCCAUCGACAAGCGCCAGCUGUAUGAAUUUGACGUUCGCGUGCCUCUGAUGAUUCGUGGACCAAAUGUAACCCCGGGUCAAGUGAUUAAAGAACACGUAAUGAACAUUGAUUUAGCACCGACAUUUUUAGAGAUAGCUGGUCUGCGAUCCACUCCUGAACAAAUGGACGGACUGUCCCUUACUCCGUUCUUUGCUAAACCGUCAAAUAAAACCUGGAAACGGUCAACAAUUCUUAUAGAACACCAAGGAGAAUACAGAGACGUCACACGCGGUUGUCCUCAGUUCAAGCACCAAAAUAUGGCAAAUUGUAACAAUCAUUGUGUAUGCGAAGACUCUUGGAAUAACACCUAUUCCUGUGUAAUAAGACAGGAGCCAUCUGUAUCGCCCAGUCAGCCGGGUCGUCGUGUCAAAUAUUGCCUUUUUAAAGAUAAUGAGAAUUUCCAAGAAAUGUACAACUUAGAUAUCGAUCAAGAUGAGUUUAUAAAUUUGGCCAUAAGUUUGCCAGAAAGUGAAAAGAAAAAUGAGCUUGGUUGUUUCUUUUUCAAGGACCAUGAAACCACACAAAAGAAGGAAUCCAGAUUAGUGCACAAUAUUAGUGAUAUGGCAGUGAAGAAUGUUGGUAAUGGAGAGAUAACUGUGGAUAAUCUUCUGACAUAUAGUAGCAUCAGUGGAGAUGCUAGCUCCUGUGAUGAGCAGUUUUCCAGGUUGAAAUCUUACCUAAACAGAGGAAGUGAGCCCUACAGGAGUCAGCUCCAGCCCCUGCUUUAUCCUCUGUUUGUUCACUUGUAUCUAGACCAGUUGUGUAAUGGCCACAAAACUCCAGCACACCGAUUCUACAGCAAGCAUGUGAAAUUGUUUGAAAAUGAGAAAUCUUACACCCAGACGCUGGAGUCAAUACACAAACUCUACAACAGAUCAGAUGUCCUGGGGUGCCUGGAAGCUACAGAUUUCAGGGAGAAUAAAUUUAAGAUAAAGUUAUCUGAGGAAGCUCUGGAGUAUCUUCUUAGGCAUCUUAAGCAAGAAGACAACAGCACAUUAUUUCAAAUUUUUAAUCAACACAUUCAGUUGGAAAAUACAGAUGACCGUGAACUAGAUGGAAAAUUGGAUUUAGCAGAGGGAAUGCCCACAACAAAGGAAGAAGUUGAAAAGACAGAGGAAGAGCUGGAGGAUACCGAGGCUUAUAAAGCAUUACGACAGUUAUUCAAACAAGUGAGGGAGUUGCCCCCAAGUCUGCCUUCCAUUUGCUUUUACACAUUCAUAAAUGCAUAUCAAGGAUUGUGCACAGUUGAUAUUUCACCAGAUAAGACCCUCUUGAGUGCAGGAUUUGAGGACAGUUCCAUUAAACUCUGGAGUACCACUCCCAGUCUUCUCCAGUCCAUUCCUCAAACUGUGGAUCCCUGUAAAGUGUGUUUAGCAUCCCAUUCCUGGAAUGUGAACAUGGAAGAGGAAAGUAAACCCCGGUUCACAGAGAUGGUGACUAUGAGAGGCCACAGUGGUUCGGUGUAUAAGACCUGUUUUUCCCAGGAUUCCAAGUACUUGUUUUCAGCUUCAAAAGAUUCAACAGUUAGAUUGUGGGAUCUAAGCACGCACACUAACAAAGUCUGCUACAGAGGGCACAAUGCUCCAGUUUGGGAUCUUGAUGUUGGAAGCCUAGGUUGUUACUUUGCCAGCGCUUCACAAGACCGCACGGCCAAGCUGUGGGUCAGCGACCGGAUAUAUCCAGUUAGAACAUUUGCUGGACAUAACCUGGAUGUAGAUUGUGUGAAAUUCCACCCUAACUGUAACUACCUGGCUACUGGUUCUUCUGACCGGUCUGUCCGACUCUGGACACUACAGGAUGGGAAGGCAGUUAGAUUGAUGCAUGGUCACAGAGGAACCAUCAUGACUGUUGCAUUCUCACCAAAUGGAAGUUUUCUGGCUUCAGCAGGUGAUGACAAGAGAAUUCGAGUGUGGGACUUGAGUUCAGGACAGCUGUAUAAGGAGUUGAAGGGUCAUACUGACACAAUACACUGCCUGACUUUCAAUAGAAAUAGUAGCAUGCUGGCAUCAGGUGGUUUAGAUGGUACAAUAAAAGUCUGGGACAUAAGGAAGGGUGUGGCCAGCAGCAGCUCUCACUCAGAUGGAGUUUCAUCCCCAGAGCUACUAGGAUCUUUUUCCACAAAGUCAGCAGUUGUGACUUAUUUACAGUUUGCAGAAUACAAUGUACUCCGAGGUGCAGGAGGAGUGUGAAGAAAAAGCCACCAUUCAGAAAAUGAGUGAUUUACACGGUAAAUCUGCAAGUCUGUAUUGGAAAGGCCGAUGUCUUAAAAUGAGUGAUUUACAUGGUAAAUCUGCAAGACUGUAGUGGAAAGGCCAAUAUCUUGCGCGUGUUGGUCAGAUCUUAUGACAAUAAGCAUGGAGAUGGACACAUUCCAUACAAACUAUGUACUGAUGAAGAAAUGGCAGCAGUGAAUGGUCAGUUUUACUGUAUCAGUAUUUUUAUCUGUGAAUUUGGUGAGAGCAAAGGUGUUUGGAAAGUGAAAGUGAAUUCUUGAAAGUUUCAGGAAGGGAUGUUUGAAUUCAGAGAUGAAUUUUUUGAUGUACAUACAUUAAUUCUUACAUUAAUUGUGAAUUAAAAAGAUUUCUAUAUU